GCGUUUUACGGAGCAGUCCGUUCACGUUCUUCAUUGCUUUCGCUAAGAAAUUGUUUUAAACAGUCUUCGUCAUGGAGCUGCUUCUCUCUCCUCGUCAGUCUGGCCAGUUUGUAGCAGAGCAGAGCAAGGAUGUGUUUGUGAAGAUGGAAGGAGUGCAAAGGGUAGCAGAGAAGCUCUACACCCUCCGCCAUAGCGAGGAACUAACUGCUAGUGGUUGGAAGAAUGCCAAUCCAUUGGCACCAGCACCAACCACUGACCAGGCCCUGAACUGGGUGUUUGCAGUGGAUACCAUGAACUUCUCGUUUUGGCCUGAGAAAGAAGACCAGCAGUGUGAGGUGACAUACAAAGGGACCAGAUACAGAGGUUACAUGACCUUGUGUGCUGCUAUCACCAGGGCCAUAGAGGAAGGUGUACCUAUCACUGAUCCCAAAUACUUUUCUAAGAUGAGUAUUGAGGAGCUGGGACAUGUCCUGCGGUCAGACAAUGCCACACCCAUGCCCAUGCUCCAGGAGCGCCACCAGGUGUUGAAUGAAGGUGGCUGCGUUCUACUGGAACAUGGAGGAAGCUUCCGCAGCUUUAUAAGUCAAGCUGGGAAUGAUGCCCAGAAGAUGGUUGAGCUCAUUGUGGAAAAGCUGCCCUCCUACAGAGAUGAAACAACAUAUGAGGGUAAGAGAAUCUCAUUCUACAAGCGGGCCCAGAUCCUGGUGGCAGAUUUCUGGGGCAUCAUGGAGGCCAGGGGGGAGGGAGAGAUCCCUAACCUGGACUGUCUUACCAUGUUUGCUGACUAUAGAGUCCCACAGGCCCUUGUAUACCUCGGGGUGCUACAGUACUCUGCUGCACUGAUGCAGGCACUGGAGAAUGGUGAGCUUCUGGAAUCAGGGGACAAGAGGGAGGUGGAGAUCCGUGGUUGCUCUAUUUGGUCAGUGGAGCUGAUCAAAGCCCACCUCUGCAAGCUUGUGCAGGAGAGAGAUGGACAGACCUGCAACAUCAACUCUGCAAUCAUUGACUUCUACCUAUGGCCUUAUGCCAAGCAGCAUCACAAAGAGAUGGCCCAUAUCCCUAUACAUCACACACGCUGUAUUUACUACUGACAGGCUGACUAGAAGCAUUGUAAGCAGUACCAUACCUCUGUGUUCAUCAAUCUCAGGGCUGGGUAUCACUCAUUCCCAGAAAUCAUGUCAAGUGGUCUCUUUGCAAGUUGGCCGAUGAAAUGGCUUUGUUUCUAAUUGUAAUGGAAAUUGAUGUUAAUUUGAAUGUCUUUGGUUAUUGAUUUUUUUUAAGUGGGCCCUUGAAAAUUGAAGUCAUAGCUAGUGUUGAAGUUGAAAGCUUUUUAAGCAAUUAGUGAGCACUCUUAUGUGAUUUACAAUCACUGUCGAUUGGAAUUUGGUGUUUAACUCAAAUACGCUGACAUGUGGCUAUUGAUGGUCAUAUUCACAGUUGCAGGAAUUUUAACCCAUUACCUUUGGCAUGAAUACUGGCGUGACGUUGUGGAUGCAUGCUCGCCUGCGGUCAAAGGAUGAUGAUGAUGACCUUUGGCAUUCUCUUUAACUAUUAGACUCCCUUGAAAAGACAGAAAAAAAUCUGUAGUGCUACAUGCUAUCAUUCCAAAUAUUAGUUAUCAGAUUAAAAAAUACCGAUAAUAAAAUGUAAAUAAAAUGUUAUUUUUAACAAAAGUUUCCAUGUUUCCUCAUAGUUCACCUGUGAAUACUUUUAUAUGGGUCAUGAGUGCUAGGCCUGUGCAUGGUUUGGGUUACACUGUUAAAGGUAUUUUUUUAGGGAGUUGUUUCUUAUCCAGUGCGAGGUCUAAGGACAGGAUGUUGUGUUGCUGUAAAGCCCCCUGAGGCAAAUUUGUGAUAUUGGGCUAUACAAAUAAAAUUGA